AUGGAAACCGUAGCGAGUGGGAGGUUUUAUGAUACACAUCUACCUUAUGUGAAGCUUUCUGGCACACCCUUGGAAAUCGGGCUGGGCCACGGGACUUUUGCUAAGGCUCAGAUCGUCAAAGCUAUCGAAGUGUACUCCACUUUGUAUAAAGAAUCUAAGAACGUGUCUUGGGAUGAGGCCAGAAGAAGGGCUGCCGAAUAUCUACCAUUGCUCGAAAAGCACCCAGAUAUACUGGACGAGCUGAGGGGUAUUGCGCAAGGAUCAGGAACGGAUCUUUUGGAUAUCGUUGCUCUCAAUGUCCGUAGCGAGAUCACCAUGGUUGACAUAUCCGAUGGAUGUACAUCUUUGGCACAGGUGGAAUCUUCAACAGGAGAUGUUUAUGUUGGACAGAAUUGGGACUGGAUACCUGAGGUUGAUGCAGCCACCCUGUGGAUCGAACUAGAGCAAGUUGGGAAACCAAAACUCCUCUUCCUCGCAGAGGCCGGGAUCAUUGGAAAGUAUGGGUUCAACAGCGAGGGACUGGCGAUCAUGCUCAAUGCUAUAAGCUCCAACGAAGUGAGCUAUGACAAACUCCCAAUCCACUUUACACUUCGUAAAUGUUUGGAGCAGGAGAGUGUUGAGAAGACCGUGGACUAUUUAGAAUCGAACGGGUGUGCCAGUUGUGCAAAUCUUCUUAUGGGUGAUGUAAACAGUUACUGUUCUGUUGAAGUUUCACCAAGAGGAAUUGCCAUUAUUAAGCCUGAUGAUGAUACAGGGGUGGUUUCACACACCAAUCAUUUGCUGGAUGAAACUCUUUCUAAAGAAUUCCCCUGUGACACUCCGAUUCUGAGUUCAUUUGCUAGGUAUGACCGUAUUAAGGAGCUUAAUGUGGGAUCAGAGGGUGGCUUCAAGAGUUUCAGAAGCAGAUUGGGCGACAUAGCCAAUGCACCAAAGUCCAUCUGUAAGUAUCCAGAGGAAGGCGUUACUGGAUUGGCCAAAUGUUGUACUUUGUAUACAAUUAUAGUGAACACCAAGACUAAAGAGGCCAACUUUUCCCAUGGAAGACCACAUGACAACCCAAAGGAGUACAGAGUAUCGUUCUCUUAG